CUUCCUUUCGCGUCGCCUGGAGGCAGUGUAAUACCAGGGACACAGUGGGAAAACGACAUGUGUGCUCUCUCCCCCGAUGAGACCCAUACCUCCUUUUUUCGCGGAGCCACGCCGAAACGUAAGCGCCACGACAAGGAGAGCGAGCAACGCCGCAAGCCUCAGGAGAGUGAGAGGAACACAGAGGCUCGUCUGCCCGAUUUUGGAAAAAAAUUUGUGUUAACCGUUGAAGACAGGUUCGCGAUCCCCGUGGGGAUGCUUGCCCAGUUGGUUAGACUGAUGGAUGAGAGGUUGUGGAUAUGGUCGAAGGCGGCGGCGCUGGUGAGGCCAAACUCUGAUGACUCGAAUGAGGCCAAUCUCGGUGAGGCCAAUCUAUGGCAGUGCCAAAUUCAUUAUAUCGAAGGAUCAUGUCGCUCAGAACGAAGCGUCCCCAGGAGAGAUAUUGCGGCCUCGGGAUCUUCCCAUGUCAUUACCAUGUCUGGUAAUACAUGCAACAUAUAUCUGUGGACUCAUUUUGAGCCUCUUUAUCAAUCUACUAUCUUCUGGAACACAUGGAACAAACUUGCUCCUGCACAGGAUGACAAAUUUUUCGCAUAUAAUAAGGAGUGGAUAAUAGGCAGGCAGUCUCAGAGCUUUGUCAAGAAUGAGUCGGCUCGAAGUAGACCGAAACUAAGAGAAGGAAAUGCCAAUUUCUACAUCUAGACGGCGGUUUGGAGUGGUAGCUGUUGCGCAUAUAAUACUUUUCUAUGACUAAACCCGGAAUUAUGAGAGUGGUAGAGAUUGCUUGGGACCAAUGAAUUGGAGAAGAAUGACCGAAAAACUUUGGUAGGAGGUAAAUGAGGAAUCGUUGAGUUGUAGAAGUGUAUGGCCCCUUCUCUCGAGCUACGCAAACAGCAAAAAGUUGUACGAAAUUAUUUACAUGAGGCGCAUUGCAGUUCCAACUUAUGGAACAAAUUGAUUUAAUAUGAGAACUACUUGGUACAUAGGUAUGCAAUAACUUGACUGAUACUCACAAGAAGUGCCCCAUAUCCGUGAGAUGGACUCGGAGCUUGCCAAGGGCGCCGGAGCUUGAUAGACGGGACG